AUGAACCAUGAGGCUGCCCAACCGCAAAUAUCGUAUCGAAGACGAGCCACAUAUCCGCCAGAUUUAGAGACAGGUAACAGGGGCUGCAUUUCCCACACGCCAUGUUUUUUUUUAAUUUACAGUUUAUUAGUAACCUUCGCUGCAUUUGGAGAAUGUAAAUAUCGUCAUGAUGUGAGAAAAUUUCCCGAUGGCUUCCUGCUCGGAACUGCCACCGCCUCCUAUCAAAUUGAAGGUGCUUGGAAUGAGGACGGUAAAGCCGAAAAUAUUUGGGAUCACUUGACGCAUUCUAAUCCUUGCAUAAUUAAAGACUGUUCUAAUGGAGAUAUCGCCGAUAACUCUUAUUAUUUGUACAAAAGAGAUGUAGAGAUGAUGAGAGAAUUGGGCUUAGACUUUUAUAGAUUUUCGUUAUCUUGGCCAAGAAUUCUACCGACUAGUUUUCCCGAUAAAAUAAAUGAAGCGGGAGUGCAGUAUUAUAACAACUUGAUCGAUGAAAUGUUAAAGUAUAAUAUCGAGCCAGUAGUUACAAUUUACCACUGGGAUUUACCCCAAAAAUUGCAAGAUUUAGGCGGAUGGACCAAUCCCCACAUCGUUGACUGGUUUGGUGAUUAUGCGCGAACAGUUUUCGAAUUAUUCGGUGAUAAAGUCAAGUCGUGGAUAACGAUAAAUGAACCGCAUCAAGUGUGUAAUCAAGGAUACGGUGACAUGGCGAAAGCUCCCAUGAUAAACGGCAGCGGUGUUGGUGAAUACAUGUGUUCUAAAAAUUUGUUGUUGGCCCACGCAAGAGCGUACCAUAUUUUUGACCAGGAAUUUAGACCGAAGUUUGGUGGUUCCAUUUUUAUCGCAUACAGCGCUCAGUGGUAUGAACCUUUGAAUGAAAAUGAAAUUGAAGCAGCUGCGGAGGCUAAUCAAAUGAUGUGGGGUCAAUAUGUUCAUCCAGUAUUCUCAGAGAUUGGUGACUUUCCGCCAAUAAUGAAAGAGAGGAUUGCAGCUAGGAGUCUGGAACAAGGAUUCCCUAGAUCUAGACUGCCAGAAUUCACUCCUGAGGAAAUCGAAUACGUUCGAGGAAGUUCUGAUUUCUUUGGUCUAAAUCACUACGUUAGUUUCUUUGUGUAUAGGAAUGAAUCUGUUACUGGCAUAUAUCAAACUCCGUCACUGCGAGAUGACCUACAAGUGAUUUUUUAUCAACCGCCUGAAUGGCAAAUCGGUGAAUCCGACAAAGUGAAGGUGGCCCCAUGGGGAUUCUACAAUCUGUUGACACAAAUAAGAGAAGAUUACGGAAAUCCACCAGUAUACAUCACAGAAAAUGGAUUCUCCACGUACGGUGGCUUAACGGACGACGACCGCGUGCUAUACUACAGAGAGUACUUAUCAGUUCUCUUAGACGCCGUCGAUGAAGGGUCGGAUAUCAGGGCCUAUACGGCAUGGAGUCUUAUGGAUAACUACGAGUGGAUGUUUGGAUAUACGGAACGCUUUGGUCUGUACGAGGUAGACUACGAGGAUCCAGAACGAAGGCGCACGCCGCGCAAAUCCGCCUACGUGUACAAAGAAAUGCUGCGCACGCGCACUAUCGACUUCCACUACGAGCCCGACAUGAGCGUACCGCUUAGCAUCGACGAAUGAAACUGAUAUACAUCUGAAUUAUUACAUAAUUGUUUUUUAAGAGUCACGUUGGUGGCCACCCUACCGGCUAGUAGUAGUAGUGGUUCAAGAGAAAAUAAACAUGAGAUUAGAAAAAUUCCUGAUGGACUGCUUUUUGGAACAGCCACUGCAUCUUAUCAAGUUGAAGGUGCUUGGAACGAAGAUGGUAAAACUGAAAAUAUUUGGGACCGCCUGUCACACAGCGAGCCUUGCCUUAUAAUGAAUUGUGACACGGGUGAUAUUGCCGACGAUUCUUACCACCAGUACAAAAGAGAUGUAGAGAUGAUGAGAGAACUUGGACUAGAUUUCUACCGACUUUCCUUAUCUUGGACUAGAAUACUUCCAACGAGUUUCCCUGAUCAAAUCAAUGAAAAGGGUGUCCAAUAUUAUAAUAAUCUUUUCGACGAAAUGCUAAAAUAUAACAUACAACCUAUGGUCACCUUAUACCAUUGGGAUUUACCACAGAAAUUGCAAGAUAUGGGUGGUUGGGCUAAUCCGUAUAUUGUUAAUUGGUUUACGGACUACGCUCGGGUAGUCUUUGAAUUAUUUGGAGACCGGGUUAAAUAUUGGUUUACCAUCAACGAACCACGAGAAGUGUGUUAUCUAGGGUAUGGUGGAGCGUCUCUUGCACCAUUGUUUAAUAUGUCGGGAUAUGCUGAUUAUAUAUGUGCAAAGAACUUACUUGUGGCCCACGCUAAAACUUACCACAUGUAUAAAAAUGAGUUCCAACCAAUACAGGGUGGCACUAUUGGUAUAGCUCUUAGUACAACUUGGUAUGAGCCGGAAUCUGAAAAGGACGCUGAAGCAGCCGAAGUCGCCAUACAAUUUGAGUGGGGAAUAUAUGCUCAUCCGAUUUUUUCCGAAACCGGUGAUUUUCCCGCAGUUAUCAAAGAAAGAGUGGCCGCCAAAAGUAUCACUCAAGGAUUUCCUCGUUCGAGGUUACCUGAAUUUAGCGCCGAAGAAAUCGAUAUAAUUAAAGGAAGUUCAGACUUUUUUGGAAUCAAUCAUUACACAACUAGAAUAAUAUAUAAGAAUUCCUCUUUUGCUAAUAACUUCCCAUCACCAUCUUUUUAUGACGACAUCGAAGCAUUGUCUUAUCAUGAUGAAACGUGGGUGGGAGCUGCUUCAUCGUGGUUAAAGACUGUGCCAUGGGGCUUCUACAAACUUUUAACGAAAAUACGGACAGAUUAUAAUAACCCUCCUGUUUAUAUCACUGAAAAUGGCUUCUCUACAAGAGAGGGCCUAGUUGACGACCUUCGAAUCGCUUACUACAGAAAUUAUAUCAACGCAAUGUUGGAUGCGAUAGACGAAGGUUCAGAUAUCCAAGUCUACACAGCAUGGAGCUUGAUGGAUAAUUUUGAAUGGAUGGCGGGCUACUCGGAACGCUUCGGACUCUACGAGGUAAAUUACGAGGAUCCAAAGCGCGCGCGCGCGGCGCGCAAGUCCGCCUACGUGUACAAGGAAAUAUUGCGUACACGUCAACUUGAUUUCCAUUACGAGCCUGAUAUGACCAAGCCCAUCGCCAUCGACGAAGGACAUUGA